CCUACGAGGGGCUAGAUUAUCAGCAGACACCUCUCCCGAGCGAGGCAUAAGGGAGAUCCCAGAUCACCCGCUUUCCCCGUCUCCGGCUCUCUCGUGGGCCCCCCCCGCACCCCUCUGCGCGCCGCCUGGAGGGCGAGGGCACCGGGCCGAGGCGCACAGCAUGGAGUGGGGUUACCUGUUGGAAGUGACCUCGCUGCUGGCCGCCUUAGCGCUGCUGCAGCGCUCUAGCGGCGCGGCGGCCGCCUCGGCCAAGGAGCUGGCGUGCCAAGAGAUCACCGUGCCGCUGUGUAAGGGCAUCGGCUACAACUACACCUACAUGCCCAACCAGUUCAACCACGACACGCAGGACGAGGCGGGCCUGGAGGUGCACCAGUUCUGGCCGCUGGUGGAGAUCCAGUGCUCGCCCGACCUCAAGUUCUUCCUGUGCAGCAUGUACACGCCCAUCUGCCUGGAGGACUACAAGAAGCCGCUGCCGCCCUGCCGCUCGGUGUGCGAGCGCGCCAAGGCCGGCUGCGCGCCGCUCAUGCGUCAGUACGGCUUCGCCUGGCCCGACCGCAUGCGCUGCGACCGGCUGCCCGAACAGGGCAACCCUGACACGCUGUGCAUGGACUACAACCGCACCGACCUCACCACCGCUGCGCCCAAUCCCCCGCGCCGCCUGCCGCCGCCGCCGCCCGGCGAGCAGCCGCCCUCGGGCAGCGGCCACGGCCGCCCGCCGGGGGCCAGGCCCCCGCAUCGCGGCGGCGGCAGGGGCGGUGGCGGCGGGGACGCGGCGGCACCCCCAGCUCGCGGUGGCGGCGGUGGCGGGAAGGCGCGGCCCCCUGGCGGCGGCGCGGCUCCCUGCGAGCCCGGGUGCCAGUGCCGCGCGCCCAUGGUGAGCGUGUCCAGCGAGCGCCACCCGCUCUACAACCGCGUCAAGACAGGCCAGAUCGCCAACUGCGCGCUGCCCUGCCACAACCCCUUCUUCAGCCAGGACGAGCGCGCCUUCACCGUCUUCUGGAUCGGCCUGUGGUCGGUGCUCUGCUUCGUGUCCACCUUCGCCACCGUCUCCACCUUCCUCAUCGACAUGGAGCGCUUCAAGUACCCGGAGCGGCCCAUCAUCUUUCUCUCGGCCUGCUACCUCUUCGUGUCAGUGGGCUACCUGGUGCGCCUGGUGGCGGGCCACGAGAAGGUGGCGUGCAGCGGCGGCGCGCCGGGCGCGGGCGGUGCGGGCGGCGCGGGCGGCGCGGCGGCGGGCGCGGGUGCGGCGGGCGCGGGCGCGGGAGGCCCGGGCGGGCGCGGCGAGUACGAGGAGCUCGGCGCGGUGGAGCAGCACGUGCGCUAUGAGACCACCGGCCCCGCGCUGUGCACCGUGGUCUUCUUGCUGGUCUACUUCUUCGGCAUGGCCAGUUCCAUCUGGUGGGUGAUUUUGUCGCUCACGUGGUUUCUGGCGGCCGGCAUGAAGUGGGGCAACGAAGCCAUCGCCGGCUACUCGCAGUACUUCCACCUGGCCGCAUGGCUCGUGCCCAGCGUUAAGUCCAUCGCAGUGCUGGCGCUCAGCUCGGUGGACGGCGACCCAGUGGCGGGCAUCUGCUACGUGGGCAACCAGAGCCUGGACAACCUGCGCGGCUUCGUGCUGGCGCCGCUGGUCAUCUACCUCUUCAUUGGCACCAUGUUCCUGCUGGCCGGCUUCGUGUCGCUCUUCCGCAUCCGCUCAGUCAUCAAGCAGCAGGACGGCCCUACCAAGACGCACAAGCUGGAGAAGCUGAUGAUCCGCCUGGGCCUGUUCACCGUGCUCUACACCGUGCCUGCGGCGGUGGUGGUCGCCUGCCUCUUCUACGAGCAGCACAACCGCCCGCGCUGGGAGGCCACGCACAACUGCCCGUGCCUGCGGGACCUACAGCCUGACCAGGCGCGCAGGCCCGACUACGCCGUCUUCAUGCUCAAGUACUUCAUGUGCCUAGUGGUGGGCAUCACCUCGGGCGUGUGGGUCUGGUCUGGCAAGACGCUGGAGUCCUGGCGCUCCCUGUGCACCCGCUGCUGCUGGGCCAGUAAGGGCGCCGCAGUGGGCGGGGGCGCGGGCGCCACGGCCGCGGGGGGCGGCGGCCAGCCAGGGGGCGGUGGCGGGGGGGUGCCCGGCGGCGGGGGGCCGGGCGGUGGCGCGGGCUCCCUCUACAGCGACGUCAGCACCGGCCUGACGUGGCGGUCGGGCACGGCCAGCUCCGUGUCUUAUCCAAAGCAGAUGCCAUUGUCCCAGGUCUGAGCGGAGGGGAGGGGGCGCCCAGGAGGGGUGGGGAGGGGGGCGAGGAGACCAAGUGCAGCGAAGGGACACUUGAUGGGCUGAGGUUCCCACCCCUUCACAGUGUUGAUUGCUAUUAGCAUGAUAAUGAACUCUUAAUGGUAUCCAUUAGCUGGGACUUAAAUGACUCACUUAGAACAAAGUACCUGGCAUUGAAGCCUCCCAGCCCCAGCCCCUAUUCCUCCAUUGAUGUGUGGGGAGUUCCUCCCGCCACGCGUUAAUUUCUGUUGGCUGAGGAGGGUGGACUCUGCGGCGUUUCCGGAACCCGAGGUUUGGAGCCCUCCCUGGCUGCACUUGGCUGGGUUUGCAGUCAGAUACACAGAUUUCACCUGGGAGAACCUCUUUUUCUCCGUCGACUCUCCUACGUAAACUCCCACCCCUGACUUACCCUGGAGGAGGGGUGACCGCGACCUGAUGGGAUUGGGUAUUCUUAAUGACCAGGCAAAUGCCUUAAGUAAACAAACAAGAAAUGUCUUAAUUAUACACCCCAAGUAAAUACGGGUUUCUUACAUUAGAGGAUGUAUUUAUAUAAUUAUUUGUUAAAUUGUAAAAAAAAAAAAAAGUGUAAAGUAUGUAUAUAUCCAAAGAUAUACAGUGUGUACAUGAUUUUGUAAAAAGUUUAGAGGCUUACCCCUGUAAGAACAGAUAUAAGUAUUAUAUUUUGUCAAUAAAAUGACUUUUGAUAAAUGAUUUAA